AGAAGGUGAAACUUUCUUAUUAUAAAAACCCUUGACGAGUUUUUGAACGAAGAGGAGGAAAGCAGAAACUCUAAGAAGAAAGAAUGGCGUUGAAGUUUCUGAACAAGAAGGGGUGGCAUACGGGAAGUAUCCGCAACGUUGAGAAAGUAUGGAAAGCUGAACAGAAGCACGAAGCCGAGCAGGAAAAGAUUGAGGAGCGUUCUGAAUUUCGCGCUAUCCAAGAACAGGCCGGUCUUGUUCCGAGGAGGCCAGAGAGAUUGGAGUUCUUGUAUGAUCCAGAACUAGCAGUAGCGAAACAGAAUGUUAGUAGUUCAAGACAUGGUGUUUUGUUUCAGAAUCAAGAUCAGCGAGCGAGAGCUACGAUUCCUGGUGCGUUGUUUGAUGAUGAUGAUAAGAGACACUCUGCCAAUGAUUCUUGGCGCAAAUUCCACUCCGACCCUUUGCUUCUCAUCAGGCAGAAAGAGCAGGAAAUCUGGAAGUUCCUUUCUUUAUUUCUUUACUCCAUUCAUGUGUCCUGCUUGUGUUUCUUCUGUAAACGGUUACGGUUUUAGAUUGUAUUGGAUUUCGUUUCUGCUGCUAACCUGUUGUGGAUUGUGUUUCUUCUUUAACAGUUGAAAAGAAAAGCGAGAGGAUAGAGAUGGAGUGUUGAACGAGGACAAGAUACAACAUCGGCGUAGAUUGUUUAAAUACAUCGCAAGUUAUCUUCUUCAGGUGUUUUUUUUUUGAGUAGGAUUAGGAAUCUUCUUCAGGAGUUGAAUGUAUAGAAAACACAGUUUUUUUUCUUUUUAAUACAAAGACAAUCUU